AUGUCUAAUAAUAAAGAGGUCGAAGUCCUGGAUAAUUGUCAUGAGAAUGAUGGGUGUUUUGAUGAUCCUCCGCCUGCAUACUCCUCAGCACGCAAUUCAUGUGUCUCCUCGGAAAUCUCUCUGUUUACGAUAGAGCCGGACUUUGCUCCCGAAUUCACGAAUGAUACUCGUGACUUGGGGAACUAUUGUGCCGCUGAUGAAGAUGAGAAACUCAGUCUCAGCCCAGACCUUGCAUCGCGCACCUCUGCUUUCAUUCAGGCCUUUAUGCGACCAAAAGUGCAGGCACGAUUAGUGAGCGUGGGCUUAGACGAAAAGGAGUCUCAACAUUCUGCUCAAACUGCCCAGACAAGGGAAAACAUUAAGCCCCCGCCUUUGGACAUCGUGCUAAUGGUUGUUGAAGAGAGUAUAAGGCCCUUUCUAGCUGUGGCAAAACAACUUUCGAGAGACUCGCAUCGAGUUCGAAUUGCUGCGGCUGCAUCUUGCGAACACUUGGUCAGAAGUCAGGGACUUGAUUUCUUCGCCAUAACCUAUGACCAUGAGCUACCCCAAUCCAUGCAUAAUAUGGGUGGUUCCCAACCUUCAGACUCGGCUCAGACUCGGCGCCAAUAUCUGAGGAGUAUUCAGGAAUCAUAUUAUGAAGUCUAUCACCGGUGCUGGAGGGCUUGCAUUGCUCCUUUCGAUGGAGACCGUCGACCUUUUUUGGCAGACGCAAUCAUUGCAAAUCCCAUGGCCCGUGCCCACAUCCAUUGCGCUGAACGACUUUCGAUCCCUCUUCAUAUCAUGUCAGCCUUGCCUCAAUCCCCGACAAGGGCAUUUCCCCAUCCACAUGCCAGGGUAAACCCAUACGAUGGCGUCGACCAAUCUACAGCCAACGUACUCUCUUAUGCCAUAGUUGAAGAAUCGACAUGGAAUGUUAUACUCAAGCCCAUCAAUCAAUUCCGACAACAAGUUCUGGGCUUGAUGAGCAUAUCCCCAGUCACAGCGGGAAGGCUCGUGACUGAUCAUGAAAUUCCCCACACGUAUUUCUGUUCAAAAGUUUUGGUCCCACGACCAAAUGACUGGAGCAGUAAUCAUGGGAUUUCGGGCUAUCUAUUCGAACAACGUGAUCUUUCUUUCACCCCCAGAAAAGAGCUGCACCAUUUUCUGGCCUCAGGUCCCGCACCUAUCUAUAUAAUGCUACCAGAGAAUAGCAUUAAGAAUAUAUACCAUCUGGCGCCGAUGAUCCAAGAUGCUAUUCUCAAGAAUGGAUACCGUGCCCUACUGUCCAGGGAGUGUAGACGCCUUGGUGAGCUAUUGAACAGUGACAACGUGCUCGUCACGCAGUCUGUCCCGUUUGAGUGGUUACUUCCCAGAGUGGCUGUUAUAGUACACAAUGGAAGCCAAGCCAGCACACAGUUGGCUCUGCAGUACGGGAAGCCAAGCGUGAUCAUCGCCCCCACAGAAAAUUACUUGUCAACUGCACAGACGAUUGCCAGAAUUGGAGCUGGCGCUUCGCCCCUGAUGAGCAGGACGCUUACCUCUGAAGGCCUGGCACAGGCGAUAACGUUUUGUCUCCGUACAGAUGUUCAACAGUCGACUCAGGCCAUUCAGCGACAAGUAGAGGAAGAAGCAGGACUUGAGAAUGCUAUUCGAUCCUUCUAUCGCUACUUCCCUUCGCAGGUACAGACAUGCGGUAUCACCAAACAGUGUCUAGCCAUGUAUCAAAUUUGGAACAAACCAUCGCUCCUGAUAUCGUCCGAAGCAGCUGCAGUCUUGGUACAGGAGAACCGGAUCAAAGUCACUGAUAUCGUGCUAAUCAACCGUUGCAUAUACAAGUCACAAGCAGAAGACUCUGCCUCAUCUGAUAGUACUGCCAAAGAAUACUGGAAUGGAUUCACCAAUGCGGCAAAGGAUAUAGUAAGCGCUUCAGACCUUAUUAGCAUGAUAUCCGGCCGUCAAAAGGACAGCCCAAUAGACGAUGAGAGGAAAGUCAAACGGACUGUCGCUCGUGAUGUUGGUGUCGGCACCGCAAAAUUCUUUGGGCACAUUGCCUUGCUGCCAUUCACGAGCACUGCAUUAGUAGUGAACACAGUCACAUAUGGAGUCAAAAGCGUCAAGAAACACCAGGCACGAGGCGGGAAACGUGAAGAGGCUGAUGUCGCAGCGUCCUAUGAUCUCUCUGGUGACGAUGAUUUCAAUGCAGCUGCAUCCAAACGCUCCGGUGCAGGUUCUUUGGGAGAAGGGCUAGGCCCAAACACAAUGCAGAGAGGUAACUCCAACACCGGCAUCACAGCAGACAUUGAGGGAAGAAUAGGUACAAGCGCGACCCCUACAGUGAGCCAAAUACAUCUUAAAAACGAGGAGCACCUUGAAGCUAUAUGCCGUCGACAUCUGGACCGUGGUUUCAAGAGCCCCAGGAUAUCCGAUACAGGAUUUAGAGAGAUGGUGCUUUCAGCUUUCGAUGUCUGA